AUGGGCUUGUUCAGGCAUGACGCGGGAGACGUGGUUGACGCCUCGCACUCCGCAAAGGCCAACACGUACAACUUCUCCGUCGUCUUCUUCAGCGCGCUGGGUUCCUUUACGUAUGGGUACAACUCGUCCAUCAUUGGCUCCGUCUUUGGUCUGCCCGCGUUCUGGGACUAUUUUGACCUUUCUCUCACGGGGCCCAACGCCAACAAGGGAAAUGAUAUGAUAGGCGCUGCCAAUGGUCUAUUCGCCGGGGGUGGCAUUAUCGGUGCUCUCAUCGUCAACUGGAUUCUCAACAAACUCGGCCGUUGCAGAUCUAUUCAGAUCGUCUGCGCCAUCUGCGUUAUCUCGGCUGCGAUUCAAGGCGGGGCGGCUCAUAUUGCCAUGUUUCUCGUUGGGCGUUUCCUCAAUGGCGUUGGUGUUGGCAUGAUCCAAGUCACAGUGCCUGCAUACAUGUCGGAGCUAUCACCUGCAAAACAAAGAGGUCGAAUGACAGGUUCACACGGCGUUCUGGUCGUCUGCGGCUACGGAGCCGCCGCAUUUACCGGUCUGGGCUGUUAUUUCGCAGCGCCCCAAGUCCAGUGGCGUCUAUGUCUCAGUCUGCAGAUUGUCGCGCCCCUGGUCCUCCUCAUCGGCUCGCCGUGGCUGCCUGAAUCGCCUCGAUGGCUCAUUUCCAAGAACCGGGAGCUCCAAGCGCUCGAGAUCCUCCAAAAACUGCACUCGCGACCAAACGAUCCCGCCGGGCUGGCGGCCAAGGAAGAGUUCUACCAGAUCUCGAAGCAGAUCGAGCUGGAGAACGCGACGGGUGUGCACGGGAUCUGGGGCAUGCUCCAGCGCGCCUCGUAUCGCAAGCGGAUAUACUCGGGUCUCCUGGUGCAAUGCGCUGCUCAGUCGACUGGCGUCUUGGUGAUCAACAACUAUCAAGUGCUGCUGUACAACAAUCUCGGUCUGUACGGAUGGCUCCCGCUGCUCCUGUACGCCAUCUACACGUCGUGGGCCGCGUUCAUGAACUGGAUCAACGCCAUGCUGCUUGACCGCCUGGGCCGGAUCCCUAUCAUCACCUUCGGCCUGAGCGGCUGCAUCUGCAUGAUGAUCAUCGAGACGGCCAUGGUGGCCACGUACGCGGGGACCGACAACAAGGGCGGCAACGCCGCGGGGGUCUUGUUCCUGUUCCUCUUCGUCACGUUCUACGGCGGCAGCCAAGACGCCAGCAGCUACGUGUACUGCAGCGAGAUCUUCCCGACUGGUGUGCGCGCCCACGGACUGGGCACCUCGAUCGCCGGGCUCUUCGCCUCGACGCUGCUGUACACCGAGGUCGCGCCGACCGCGUUCGCCGACAUUGGAUGGAAAUACUACCUCGUCUUCAUCCUCGUGCCGGCAGCCUGCCUUCCGUUCCUGUGGCGCCUCCCCGAGACGAACGGCCUCUCGCUCGAAGAGAUUGCCGCAAAGUUCGGCGACGAGGUUGCCGUCGACCUGUCCCAUCUCGACGAGGAGCGACGGCGGGCGCUCGACGAGCGUCUGUUGGCAGUCGGGGUCAAUAUCGGCAGCACGCCUUCGAGUGAGAACGAGGCUGAGGGUAAAGUGACCGUCGUGGCUGACCAUCAAGAGGCGGUCUUGAAAGACAGGAAGCUGGACCACGUCCCCGGCACGGUCCUGCUGAACGAUGAAGCCGCCCACUCGGAAGACAUCACCUCAGGGCUCAAGCACGGAAAGGGUUCUGAUGCUCAUAUCGUGCUGUCGCCUCAACCCAGCGAAGACCCCAAUGAUCCCUUGAACUGGCCACUAUGGAAGAAGGAAGUCAUCAUCGCCAUCCUCUGCUUCGGCUCGAUGCUUAACGCGGGCACCAAUGGCCCUUUCCUCAAUGCGUCGUAUUUCGAAAUGUCUCAGGAGCUCAACACGGAUAUAACGACGGUCGUCUUGGUUUCUGGUUACAAUCUUUUGGCUGCAGGAUGUAUUGGACCAUUCGUCUCGGCUUUCAGUCGCAAAUAUGGUAAAAGACCGGUCUUUCUCGUGUCGACGCUCUUCGAUAUUGUCGGAACGGCCAUCGGCGAGGCCAAAAUCUCCUACAAAUAUCUGCUGGCCGCGCGCAUCGUCCAAGGGUUUUCGACAUCCGCCUUCGAGUCCCUGAUCGUGUCCGCCGUGGGUGACAUGUACUUUGUGCACCAGCGAGGUCUCCGCAUAUCCAUCAUCAACUUCAUCCUCAACUCGGCCUCGAGUCUGGCGUCGGUCAUUUGCGGGCAGGUGUUCCAGAAGCUCGGCUGGCUGUGGCUGUUCCACAUGUUCCAGAUCUUUUUGGUCGUGCAGUUCGUGCUCAUGUUCCUCUUCUGCCCCGAGACGACGUACAUCCGCGACACGCGCUACAACACCGACACCGCCGUCGACGAGAAGCUCCAGGACCUGGCCGUGAUCGAGGCCACGCACAAGGAAAUGGUGGGCGAGCCGGGCCAGGGCGAACGCACGGACGUGCCCAAGAAGAAGACAUUUGUGCAGGAGCUGGCCGUCUGGACGGGCGUCUACUCGCACGACAAUGUUCUAAAAUUCUUGUUCGGGCCCUUUUUGACUCUCCUCAACCCGGCGGCCUGUUAUGCCGUUAUCGCGUCUGGCGUGCUCAACAGCUGGUAUGUCGGAUCCGCCAUCAUCCUGGCCGGCAUCUUCUCCGGGCCUCCGUGGAUGUUCAACGCCUCGCAGAUCGGAUACGUGGGAUUCGGUCCGUUUAUCGGCGGUUUGAUUGGAUCCAUCAUCACCGGCGUCACCAGCGACUACGUGAUCAAAUACCUCGGUCGCAAGAACAAGGGCGUCUACGAACCUGAAUUCCGUCUGUGGUUCAUGGCCCCGGCCGGCGUCGCGUGUGGUCUGGGGAUGUUCCUGUUCGGGUAUACCCUGGAGGUCGGCGCCGCGGCCGAGCUGUGCGCGUUCCUGCAGGGAGUCAUGAUGGUGGGCGUGUUGAUUGGGAUUUUCGCGACGCUGUCGUACGGUCUGGACUCGUUCCGGGAACAGAGCAACGAGAUUUUUGUCAUGAACAUGCUGUUCAAGAACUUCAUGUUCUACGGCCUCUCCAACUACGCCAACAACUGGGUCGCCGACAGCGGGCCCGAGCAGAUCAUGUACGUCUUUGGCGGCACCUCGAUCUUCCUCUCCCUCCUGGCCAUCCCCGUGUACAUCUUCGGCAAGCGCCUGCGCAGCUGGUGGGCCCGGCACGACCUGUUCAAGACGUUGAAGAUGGAGACGCACGGGCCCGUCAGCGAGAUGGGCUAG